AUGGCUUCCGAAAAGUUCGCCAUCCCGCCCCAGAGGCCCCCGGUGUUCAGCUUUACCCCGGAGGAGAUGGACACCGCGAUCGAAAAGAUUGUUGCGGCCAAGAGAGCCGCCAUCGACAACGUGGUUGCCUCUACCACCCCCGAGACGGCCACCUUUCAGAGCGCCAUACAGCCCAUCCUCAAUGUUGACGAUGAGACCGUCGGCGAAAACUACAGAAUCUGCUUUUUGCAGAAUGUCCACCCCGAUGCUGCUACCCGCGACGCUUCCCUCAAGGCCGAUGGGAAGAUGAGAGAGCUGGAUAUUGAGCUGCGAAUGCGCGACGACAUCUUCCAGCGCGUCAACGCCAUCUACAACAACAAGUCAUCAGCGAAUCUUGACACCGAAUCUGCUACCAUCUUGGGAAAGGAGUACACCCAGUAUGUCACCAAGGGCCUUCUCCUCCCUCCCGGCCCCGAGCGAGACCACUUCAAGAAGCAGCAGCUCAAACUCAGCCGUCUGUGCCUUGAGUCGCAAAACAACCACAACAACGAAACGGGUGGCGUUUGGUUUACCCCAGAGCAGCUCGAAGGCAUCCCCAAAACGGAUAUUGACGUCGUCGAGCUCGAAAAAGGUACUGGAGAGAAUGAGGGCAAGGUCAAAGCUGAUUUCAAGUAUACGACCUCCACCCCCCUCUUCAAAUAUGCCAAGCAUGAGUCUACUCGUCGCGACUAUUUUAUUGCCGAAGCUAAUAAGGUGAACCAAAAUGUCCCCCUCUUCCAGACCAUCAUUGAGCUGCGGGAUGAAACUGCUAGACAAGCCGGCUACAAGGAUCAUGCAGAUCUCACUAUAUCCGCCAAAAUGGCCAAGGACUCCGAGAAAGUCAAGGCCUUCCUGGCUGACAUCCGUACUCGUGUGGGCGAUGGCGGCAAGAAGGAAACCGAGGUGCUUCGCGAGCUAAAGAAGCAAGAUUAUGCUGAACGUGGCCUCGAAUUCAACGGCGAAAUAUACGCCUGGGAUAUCGGAUAUUACUCACGUGUUCUCAAAGAGAAGGAAUACAGCCUGGACGAGAACGAAGUGGCCGAGUACUUCCCUAUGUGGAAGACCUUCACUGGAAUGCUCGGUAUUUUCGAGAAAAUCCUCGGCCUGAAGUUUGUUGAGCUGGAUGAGGCUGCUAAGGCUCGCCUAAGCCCUACUGGUAACGCCAAAGACAUUGUUUGGCAUGAGGAGGUGGUGGUUAUCAGUGUUUGGAACGACGAAGCAUCUGGCGGCGAGUUUGUUGGCUACCUGUUCCUCGAUCUUCACCCACGCCCCAACAAGUACGGACACAAUGCCAACUUUACCCUCGGACCGGGAUACCUAAAGGCGGACGGCACUAGAAACUAUCCCUCCACUGCUCUCGUCUGCAACUUCAGCCGCCCGUCUCAAGGUCGCCCGGCUCUGCUCAAGCAUGUUGAGGCCGUUACUCUUUUCCACGAACUGGGUCACGGUAUUCACGAUCUCGUAGCCAAGACCAAGACCUCUUACUGCCACGGCACUGCUGUCAUGUGGGACUUUGUUGAAGCGCCCUCUCAAAUGCUGGAAAACUGGUGCUGGACGCCCGAUGUUCUGCGGGAACUUUCAUCCCACUGGAAAUCUGGCGAGAAGAUCUCCAAGGAGCUUAUUGACAAGUUGGUGAAGACGAAAAAUCUCAACGAAUCCAUUGGAACGUUGUACCAGAUCCUCAUCGGAACUUUCGACUUGACCGUUCACAGCCCCGAAUCCCACGAAGCGGUGAAGCAGCUGAACUGUGGCCGCUUGUGGAACCAGCUGCGCAGAGAAAUUUCCGGCGUCAAAGGGCCUGAGGAUGUCGGCUAUGGAAUUGAGUGGGGACAGAAGCAUGCCACUAUCGGCCACUUUGUCGGUGGCUACGAUGCUGGAUACUAUGGCUACCUCUACUCCAAGGUCUUUUCAACCGACAUGUUCUACACUGCCUUCAAGAAGGACCCUAUGAAUGGCGAAGCCGGUCGCCGGUAUCGCAAGCUUGUGCUAGAGCGUGGCGGCAGCAUGGAUGAGAACGUGAUGCUCCUUGAAUUCCUCGGCCGGGAACCUAACCCCGAAAACUUUUACAAGGAGCUUGGCCUAGCAUAA